UAUACUAGGGCCGAGGAUUUUGAGUUUCAAUCCGAUUAGACUUUUAUUCGAAUUGAUUUUUUUUUCUACUUAAGUAUUGCUGAGUGUCGAAAAUGUCUCGAAUUUAGAAGUGAGAAGAUAGAAUACAUGCAUUGAGUAGCAUGUUAUGUAGCACCACUAUCCUCUAGUUUAUUCCAACUUCCUCUCCCCCACACCAACCCCACUUGAUCGUUUUCCUAAGCUAGGCCUCCAUUGACCAACACCCACACUUUCUCUCUCUCUCUCUCUCUCUCUCUCUCUCUCUCUCUCUCUCUCUCUCUCUCUCUCUAUUGCUGCAUACGAAGAAGGAGGCCAGGAGAUGAAGAUACAGUGCGACGUGUGCGGCGGCGCGUCGGCGACGGUGUUCUGCUGCGCGGACGAGGCCGCGCUGUGCGACGGGUGCGACCGGAGGGUCCACCACGCGAACAAGCUCGCGGGGAAGCACCGCAGAUUCUCGCUGAUCGACUCUCCGUCGUCUUCGCCUCCGCCACCGUCCGGCAAAGCCGACCCGCUCUGCGACGUGUGCAAGGAGCGGCGCGGCUUCGUGUUCUGCCAGGAGGACCGGGCAAUCCUGUGCCGCGACUGUGACGAUCCAAUACACAGCGCGAACGAUCUCACGAUGAGGCACAACCGGUUCCUGCUCACCGGAGUCCGGCUCUCUACGGCUCCGAUUACUCCCUCCCCUUCUUCGUCUUCGCCAGAGUCUAAUUCUAGAUCUCCGGGAGACGAGAAGGUUGUUGGUAAUACAAAUAGUAAAAAUAGCACUGCUAAUGCUAAGCAAGAUAAGAAUUUGGCCGCAGAGGGGAGCAGCAUCUCGGAGUACCUCACUAAGGUUUGCCCUGGCUGGCACGUCGAGGACCUUCUGAUCGAUGGCGACGAUAUUGUCGUCGGUGGCUUCUCGAAGGAGAAAGAGCUAACGGCUUUCCAGCGGGCGGAUCCGGACGGCAGCAGCGGCAGCCUGAACUCGGCGGGGGCGACGGAGUUCCCCAAGUGGGCCCCACUGGUACCCCAGCUCCCGCCGCUUCCAUCGGAAAUUCCCGCCAUACGAAACGGCAGCGCCGGUACCGUCACGGUAUCUUCGCAGUGGACGGGCCCCAAGGAGCUGAGCCCAAGCUACGACAUCGGGGAGAGAGUCGGGCGCGAGCGGUGGAGUGUCGACGACGCCGUGACGGUGCCUCAGAUCUCCCUGGCUCCUUCCAGCAAGAGAACAAGAACACCUGUUUGCAGAUAAUCCACCUCCAUCAGAACUAGGCUUUGGAACAUCACCAAUCAUCUUCCCUUGUCAAUGGCCCCUGUUGACAUGUCCUCAACUUUGCUUGCAUUGACAACCUGUGGGCCAUCAAAAUUAAAGUGUUCUCUCCCACAAGGUACCUCCCCAGACCCUAGAAAAUUGCCCACAUACUCUUGUUUUAUUUUUUUUUCUUUUCUUUUCUUUGCUUUUCACAUUAUUGGAUUCUUGGGAUCAAGAUAAUGCACCAACCAAUAAUAAGAAGACAACACAAACAAUGGUCCCCCAUCCUUUUUUUUUUAAAAAAAAAAGAUGUUCUAGACAGAUCCAAUGCUUUGUCAAUUGAUUUUAAAUAUUUUGCAAUUGAAUUAGGACUACAAACUGUUAAAAGAUUCAAUAAAUAAAUUUUAUUUUUAUAAAGUAUUUAGUUUUCUGUAUUGAAACUUCUACGACAGUAAAAAGCAGAAACAUUAUUUUGAAACUAGAAUUAGAAUCUUUAAUUUGAGGCUUCUAUUUGCGCUUUGAGCUAUCAUUCGCUAGUAGUUUUCUCUGACUAAUAAUACCUAUGAUUCUAUAUGUAAGCAAAUUUUUGUACAUGAUAAGUUACUAAAAAUAUUUUAGUAUCACUUUUCAAACGGCACUUUGUUAAAGAGCAUCACGCAAAUACCAUUCAUUUGGCACAUUUGAAGGAUACAUAAUUGAGUCUCCACCUAAACCUGAGCAAAAAAACAUAACAAAGGUUUAUUCCCCUGCAAUUGGACUCGACAAACCACAAACAAUCCAACUCUUCUUCUAACAAUAGAGAAUAAAUUAAAACCUUCAAUUAAACCAAAUUGAUCAACAAAAAAAAAA